UUCACCUUUAACAUAUACUGUCCUAAUUUCCUUUUUAUGUCAAUUCAUUUCGCAAUACCUUGCGAGUAGGUUUCAGUUAUUUUGAUUGAAAAAAAAGUCAUGAACAUGUCAAAGCUCUCAAAACUUCUUCAAGUAACGCCCGAAGAAGAAAAAGCUAUAUUGGAACACUUCAAAAUAACUGAAGCAGAAUUCGAAGAGAAUGUGAGAAUUUUGAAGGAAUGGAUUGGACAAUGUGAACAUUUACCAAAGGAAGAUGAUGAAAACAAAUUUCGUAUUGUCCUCCUGAACUCAAAAAUGAGUUUGGAAAAGGCGAAACAAUCCAUGGAAGGGUACUAUCGUGUCAGAACCAGAUACUCUAACGAAUUCUUUGAUAAACUCACCCCAAAGGAUCCAGAAUAUAUUGAUGCUAAGAAAUUGGUCCGGACAGUCGUUUUGCCAAAACUAACACCGGACCUUAACCGAGUAACAAUUUUCAAAAUGAAUGAUCCAAAUGGUGAAGCCACCGAUGCCUACUCGUACCAAAUUCCAGUUCUGAUGAUGGCGGAAAUAAGAAUAGCUCACGAUUUAUGCUUGUCGAACAUUCUUAUUAUAGAUUUUAAAGAUUAUGGAUGGAAGAAUUUAGUUAAAUAUACUCCUACUGUAAACCAAAAACUAAUUGAUAUAUUGAAUUCCAUUAACCUAAGAAUACACUCUAUACACUUCAUAAAUCUAACAAACUUUGUUGACCAUCUAAUGAGAUUACUAAAAAAUUUAUUACCAGCAAAGUUACUGAGCAAGAUUCAUAUUCACAAAUCCCACGAUACCUUAACAGAAUUUAUACCCAAAGAGUUCCUUCCUUCUGAUUAUAAAGGUACUGCAAAAUCUUUGGACGAAUUUUACGAGGAAUGGUGUGAAGAAAUUGAAAAACAAGAAGAGAUUUUUAUAAAAUUAUUAAGCAUCAAAUCCACUGAAAAAAUAGAAUUGGAUCCAAUGCAGAGUGAAAUGUUUGGAUGUGGCGUUGAAGGUUCCUUCAAGAAACUAGCUUUGGAUUAGGUUUAUGUUGAAUUAUUGGACUUUAAAUGUAUUUUUUAAAAGAAACUCAUUGGUAAACGAUUACAUUUGAAAUAAAAUUAAGUGCAGUUAUAAAAAAUUGUGAUAUUAUUUUAGUUUCGAGUCAAAUUUCCCACAGCAGCAUAAGUUUGCACACUUUUCUAUAAGCACUGUCAAUUAUUAUGUAACUCUAAGAAAAAGCUUUAAUCAUGAAGGUCAUUGUUAGUCAAAUUUUUAGCAGUAAUCCUUUUUCUUUAUUUGGCAUACUCAAUGAAAUAUAAAUAUAUAUUUUUUUAAAUUUGUUGAUGAUGCUAUUGCCGUAAUAAUUGUUCAAUAAUUGGGUCGUUGGAAAAUAUCGCCAGAAAAACACUGUGACUGUGAAUGCGUCUGUCAAAAAAGCAGUGGACAAAACCACAUCCACCUGGAUGUUUAGAACUGCAGAAACUGACGUGGGUGAACAAACCAUACAAGUCACCACAACUAGAGGAUGUCGGCAAGGAGGGGAACUUUCACCUUGUAAUGUGUAAAGUUACUUGUUCCUUUUUCUUUCAAAUUUAAUUUUAUAUAACCCUUUUAAUGUUGACAGUCUGGUGACUAGC